AUGGAUUAUCUGCUGGAUUCGUAUAUAUUUCGGCUUUUUCCAUUUGAAAUUCAUCCGGAUACUAAACAAAAUAUUGUAUCAGCGGCGCUGAAGGUUGUUGCAGUAGCAGAUUGGUGGUGUAAAACUCAGGAUCCGCAAUUGAUGGCAAAUAAUCAUGCUACUUUAAUGAUAUCAGAAUUCACCUAUGCACUGCUUUGGUUAUUAUCGCUAACAUUCGCCUUUCAACAUGGUGCACGUUUUGCAUACACUUGGGUUGGUAUUCAAUUUCUUGCUUUUUUUACCGAAAGUAUGAUGUUUUUGGAUGAUAGUUUAAAUGUAGUGUGGCACAGUCAAACGAUGAUAACAUUUAUGGGCAUGCGUACGCCACUCUAUAUUUUAUUUGGUGUUUACCACACGUUAUUUUAUACUUCAUAUGUAUUGGUAAAAAGAAUCUCUCUUCAAUGGUGGGGAGAAGCAGCUCUGAACGGUAUUUUUGUCCUUGUAUUAUCUUUACCUUUUCAAAUAAUGGGAACGAAGUUGCUGUGGUGGCAAUGGCAUGACACUGAUCCGCGCCUUGCUAAUACAUUUUAUUCGGUACCAGUAGCUAUAUGGAUGUGGUAUACAAUGUUAGCUGCAUCAUUCAAUGCCAGUUUAUAUUUGUUGCGAAAUAUGUUUCUCAACGAAAGAUACAACUGGAAAAGGUUUACUGCUGAACUUUUCUGCGUUAUUGGCGCGGCUUUCCUUGCACUAUUCAUUGCCGCAAUGCAGUAUCUUUUUUUCUUCACAAUCUUGCAAAAUAUUUUCAAGAUUUACUCUGGUCUGUCAUCAAUAUUUCUUAUUAUUUGCUAUGCAGCGACAACAGUACUAGCAUUUUACAAAGCUAAGGUGGAAAAUAAUUUUUAUCACACAGAGAUAAAAGCAGUCAGCAAAGUUUCACCGAGCUCUAAACAGCUGCAUAUAUCAAGCAGAUGUUUAAGCAUAAUCGUGGUGCACCUUUUACUUCAUAUGUUAUUGGUAGUUUUCAGCUCUCCAGAGAAUGUUAUUUCCGAGGGCAUACAUCAAGCUAUUGGGCCAUGCAAAGAAGUUGAGCAUAUUUUUUCAUUUUCGAAUCAGAUGUUGUACCGUCAAAAGUAUAUGUGUUUGGAAAAAUAUCAACAAAAGUUGUUUGACUUUCAUUGCAUACCCGGUGGACAAAUAUCACGCUCAAUUGAUGAACCGUUAGAGUACUAUGCAAUCUGUGGCACAAGUUUUGAAAAUCGAUCACUUUAUAUAGUUUUUAUAUGGACAUACUGCAUAGCCGUUAUUUUCGUGAUGUUUGUGAUCGUCUACAUUACAGCAAAGAUGGGUACACGAUCAAAUGGAUAUUUAUACUCUAGGAUCAUGGAGAAUUAUGAUCACAAGUUCGGGUUUACAUCGUCACAGGAUUGCAGUUCACUGGAGAGAAAAUAUGAUGAUAGGACUAAAUAUUUAGCUAGAAGUGAUUGCACCGCGCGGUACCGGUCAAGUGUUCCAGAUUUGGGUGGAAGAAGUUCUCAAAAUAUGGUGCAAAACAUUACUCGAGCAGAGUUAUGUGCCAGAAGAGGUGUGAUAUUGUUUGAAAAAUAUCGAGCUCGCAUAGUGCAUUCGUCUGAUUUGCCUGUAAUUAAAGAUAUGUCAUGGAUGAUGGGAAAAGAAAUUGUGGUUAUCGGUCAUUUCUUGGAAUCUGAGGAUAAUAACCUAACGAUUUCACGCGGAGAUGUUUCGGUCAUAAGUGAAAAAAAGCAUCGCCAGAAUCCUGGAGAUAGACUAGGUUUUGGAGAACUUGGAAAUCACACAUCCGCAAAUAGUCAAGAUAGAGAUGACGGAGAAGAAAGUGAGGAUGCAGCUAAUGAUUCGGAACAUAGCGCGUCACCAUUAAAAUAUGAAUUUCUUACUUUAUCGAAAUUACAGGCCGAAAAUGAUCCGAAAUUCGUUUUCAAUGAACAGAAUAUCUGGUUUGAUAUGAAACAUAUUGUUCGGUCAUGCAUGUCCGCAUCAGAAGCACGAUCUCUUGCGGGAAGAUUUGCUAUUGAUGGUAUUCCAUUUGAUGUUCCGGACCCAAUAAUUUGGAUACCAUGUGAUGCUACUGAUCCUCUUCAUACUUUUUUGCUAGGUUUUUGUAAAACAAAUGAAGGGAAGGCAACAUAUCAUGUCGGCUUAUUUCAACAAAACCACAUGGGUUUAUUCAAAUUUUUAGAGAAUCAUAUGCAACGCUUCUAUGGUCUGCAUAAGGUUUAUGCUGACACAGCGUAUUGCGUUUACGAUGUUCUUCCGAAAAUAAUGACAACCGAAGUGAACCAAAGAGGGAUAUCUGCAUUUGUGGACCUUUAUGUGUCUUGGAAAUUUCCUUGUGCAGAUCAAUGCUCCGUCAGAAUACUUUCAAGACCUAUUUCUACAGCUUCAGUCAUUGCAAAAAUAUCACCUGGCUGGCUUGAUGUUCGCAUGUCUUAUUUUGAUAUUGCUGCUGAAAUGGAACAGCUGUUUGCUCUUGGGCGAGCAUUGCGGACUGGUAGAAUGACCUGGAUAAACUCGGAUCCUAGUAAAAUGCAUGAAGAUAGUGAACUUGUGAAAAACAUUGGGCUGGGAAAACCUCAUGAUUUCACCGAAGAAAUUUGGCUUAUAUUACUACAUUGUCCUUCAAAUCGAUGUCUUAUAGAAGCUUUGGAGUGUGUUUUCAAUGCAUUUAAAUCGGGAUAUAAAAGUACAAUACUUCCAAGUAACAGAUCUACUAUGGCACGAGUAUUGCGUGACGCAAAUUGCAAUGAAUUGCUGCUACCACGUUUGGAGGGCCUAACACCUAUUCAGAUCUGCUUGGAGAUGGGUUUAGAAAGAUUGCGAAGAACUUGCGUGAAUGAAUUUCUUGAUGAUGAAAGAUAUCUGGGUUCUAUGGCCGAAAUCCAUGAAGUUUUUGAUUUUCGCAUCGGGCAAGAACCGCAGUAUCAAGCUGAUGCUCUUUUUUUGCAGAUCCUUGGACAAUACAGCAAAUUAUCUCUAUCACCUACGACUGAAGAUAUAUGUGAAAAUAUGAUUGGGGAGAUGACCUUUACACUCAACUCUGCGCUGUUAUUUGGAGAUGUCGUCGAAGCUGCCUAUAAAAAGUAUGUUUUUAUGUUGAAUUCGUAUACUGCCAGUUGUUCUCCAAAAAUGUGGAAGUCAGAAGUUGUAAUAGAAACGCCUAAUAAACAGGGUUGGGUUGCACGCAGCAUGAUUCUGUGUUCUCGUACAGCAUGGCCUAUAAACUUGAUGAAUUCUGACCUGAAAGAAUCAGCAUUAAGCGAGAAAAGUUCGAAAGAAGAAGAGAAUAUUGGACGAUCUAACUGUUCGAAGGUUUCUUUAGAAGAAGAUAUGAGCUCAAUAGCGUUUCAAGAUCCUGCGUCAGAAGACAAGGGUUCAAAUUUAAGUGGUGUAGAAAAGAUGGAAUCAAACAUAUCGUUGAAUCGUUAUGAAAUUGCUGUAGUAACAGGCAAGAUGAUGAGAAAUAGCGGUUUGGAUAGAUGUUCUGAAUAUGCAGCUCAGUUCUUUGGGUUUGUUCCGAAAGGAUUCACAGAUGUUGUUUACAAUAUAAUUUUGGAAAAAUGGGCAGAUAUUGUUGAGAAGACAAUUGUGCCCAUUGUACCAUUGGAUGAUUCAGAUGAUGAUAAUAUCAGAAUGCGUUUGAAAGUGGAGUUGACUAGACUGAUUGCAAAAAACAAUAUUUUGAACUCACUCGUGAAUAAACUAGAGGCAUACGUGCUUGGAUAUGUGUUUCGGAUACCUGAUGAAGUGACUCUUCCUGAAGACAGGCCGAAUUUGGUGAUUGACAAAAAGUGGUCACUGAAAGCUGCUAAUAAAAGAAUACGAAAACUGAAAACUGAUAUCAUUCAUGUAUAUAUUUUGACGAAAAUAUUCAAAAUGGCCAGCGAAUUUCUUGACAAGGAGAUCAUGUAUAACCAGAAAGCGGUACAAAUGUGGGAAGCUAUGCAACAAGUUGAUAGUAUCGAAAGUAAUGGUGCUGAAAAUGAUAAAAGUGAUGAAGAGCAUGAUUAA